AUGCCGACAGAACUCGAGGAGCUCGUCGAAUUUCUCCAUCAUGGAAACACACAAAUCCGACAAAUAGCCGCCGAAAACCUCGUGGGAUACUCGACGGCCCAACCAUCGCUCUUCAAACGCAAUCAACUCGAACCAGUCAAGGACUUGAAGCUUCUGAUCAGAGACUAUGGUCCCAUCGCCAAGAACGCAAUCACGAUGCUCGUCAACAUCUCCGAAGACGCGGAAGUUGUCAAGAGUCUGGCGGAGGACGACACGUUCCUCGAGUCGUUACUACGGAGGGUGACCAGUGCAAAAGAGCCGAACGCGAACCUCAUGUGCAUGCUGCUCGCCAACCUGGCCAAAUCGGACAGCGUGACGAAACUGUUGAAGUUGGAGCGAGAAGUUCCAAAACCGCUCUCGACGUCACCUAUCGCGAUCGAUCAGCUGCUGGACUGUUUCGUCAAAGGCGCGAAUGGAUCGUACAAUGCCAACGCCGACUAUGACUACCUCUGCUACCUCUUCGCCGAUUUAGCCAAGCAUGAGGAGGGUCGGAAACACUUUCUGACAGCGCGAUCUGAGGGCGAGGGCGACAGCGUGGAAAAGGUCAUUCCUUUGACCAAGCUUGUCGUCUUUACCGAGCAUGCGUCUGCCAUUCGCCGGAGAGGAGUGGCAAGCACCAUCAAGAACGUAUGCUUCGACAUCAAGGCUCACGAUGAGCUUCUGUCGGAGGAUGGUGUUAACCUGCUGCCGUACAUACUGCUUCCCCUGAUGGGCAGUGAGGAGUACAAGGACGAAGACACCGACGGCAUGCUGGACGAGUGUCAGCUCCUACCUCCGGAUAAGGAGCGCGAGAAGCAACCCGACAUCAUCUGCAUCCACCUCGAGACGUUGCUUCUCCUUACCACAUCGCAAGAUGGUAGAAAGAAGUUGCGAGACGUCAAGGUGUACCCCAUCAUUCGAGAGUUGCAUCUGCAUACCGAAAACGACGAUGUGAGGGAUGGAUGCGAUCGACUCGUUCAGGUUCUGAUGCGAGGUGAAGAGGGAGAUCCAGACCCAGCGGCUGAUAUUCCGCGGGUGCAGGAGGUCGAGGAGGACGAAGAUGAGCAGAUUGUGGAAGUGUUGUAG